AUGAGGUAAGAGGGGUCUGACACAGAAGUCUGCCUAAAUGUAUUAGUCGCUUCUGAUUGAGUCAACCCGUCAGUGUCUCAUUUUUGCAACAUUCACACACACACACACUCACAAACAUGCUGGUGUAAUAUUGUGUGACGCACUGGCUGCACUAUGACAAAUCCGUCGGGCUUUUCCUACUCCAAACUGUCCGACUCAUGAUCUCACAACGAUAGAAACUGUUGACUUUCUUUCUCUGAUGCGCUCGUCGCUUUUUUUUGCUGCCCUGCGCCAAUGGCUAGCCACUCGUUUCUCGUGCCUAUUUGCACAAAUACCUAGGGCCGGCAAGAGCCAGUCAGUCGGACGGAUGAGCAGGAGCAGGGCGAGAGCAGCGGGGAGAACAAAUUGUUUUGGGCGCCACCGGGGGAUUCACAACGAACUACAUGCUCUUCGUGCUCUCUCCCCCCGCUCGAAGGCCACGAGAUGGCUGCCACUUAUCAUGUCCGUGUCCGCUCGGACUCAACAGAGCUAUCUUUUUCUUGUUUAAACCGGGUCAAACACAUGGGGAUAAACGAAUGAAGCCCAUGUAUUUACUAGGCUAUUUUUUCAGUGGCGAAGUAUGUCUGGGUUCCGCCGUGGCGAACGUGAUGGUCUACAACGACUCGACGAAGCAAUGGCAGCCGCCGACAGGAAGUGAUGGAUUGCCGACGAACGUGCAAAUCGUCCACGACGCUCGGCGUCCCUCGUUUCGGAUCGUCUCACGAAGGAGCGACGGACUGUUCCUAAUCAACUGCAACAUUGUGCAGCGGCUCAGAUACGUGAAAGCGACGCCGAAAUUCCAUCAGUGGCGCGACGAGCAGCGUCGCGUGUACGGGCUCAACUUUGCUGAGGAAGAGGAGGCUGAGAACUUCAACUAUUUGGUCGCGCAGGCGAUCGAAAGACUGACAGCGAUUCUGAACAACCACGUAUCCGACUAUCAGCAACCGCAUCGUGAGUGUUUUUGAGAGCUUAACGGAGGGAUGAGCCGAAAGGGAUGAUGAAGGGAGUAGAUAUGGGCCGGGCGUGCCAGAGCCUCUCCGCCAAUUCAUUCCGAAUUUCACUUUUUACUAUGUCUUUCUGGUGCUGUCAGCAGACUCUUCAUUUGCCGGAAAAACGUGGGAACAAAAUUGUAUUCGCGCUUACCUGAACUAUUUCAGCCGCCGACAACGUCUACCAGGAUCCUCAUCAACACCUCAUGCACAUCCAUUCCGCACCAAACUUCCACGACGAAAAUCAGAAUGCAAACUUCCGGUAAGAUUUGACGAAUACGAACGAGUAGUCUAAACAAUCAAUCAAUAUUCUGAUGAGUCAUCGGAAAGAAGAAGGGGUACAAAUAUCUGGGAAAACAGAUAGUUUUGUUCGUAAUAAUGAUUGUGUCAGCCAAAAUUUAUUCUUUUGAAAGGUACUCACAGUUUGUUCCGAUCUUUCGAGUUUUACCGAUUAUCUCUCCGAUUUCAGCAAAACUUCACAGCACGCGUCCACUCUGAACAGUGCAUCGGCUCUCAGUCAGCAGCAGAGAAGAGCUUCGCAGAGUUCGAACACGAGCGGAGGCGGCAACAUGUUCCAGCAGCACCAGGACUUUGGAAACACGAGUUGGAAUACCAACGGAUCGACUGUGAAGCCUGCUCCGAUCAGCAACAGCGCGCCUCCGCCACCUCCGCCGCCGCUUCCGCCUGUGAACUCGGGUGCUCCGCCACCACCGCCAAUCGCACCAGUCAGCGGAAAUGCUCCACCGCCGCCGCCACCACCCCCGCCGCAGGGAGCACUGAUGUCGAACGGAGGAGGAAGUCUCGCGGAUCAAAUAAAGUUGCGCACGCAGCAAGGACUGAAGCCGACGAUUAAUGGAGUGAAAACAGCCCCAUCUGCGGCAGGUUCAGAGUCGGAAAGGCCAGCUGUGGCAAAGGGAGGGAAUGGUAAGUGACCGGAACGGGAACGACAGAUGUACGACACGUGUCUUUACAGAUAUGAUGUCAGAGCUGCAGGCGCAGUUGCAGAAGCGUGCGAUGACCAAGGCCAAGUCGGAUGCGGUCGAUUCGAAGUCGAACACAAGCAACGCGUCAACGGAUAGCGGAACGUCGACAAGCAAGGAAAUUUACUCGAACGGCGGGAGCAUCGGAUCGGCGGCCGCCAGAAAACUGACAGACGCAUCCACAAAGCCGACGGACAGUCCGAAGGCACACAGAAAGUGAGUCAAAGUAGAUAAUCAGCAAUUAUGCAAAAAAAAUUCCUUACAGACUUCCCUCUGCUUCAUCUCUGUUCCCGCAAGAAGAUUCCGGAAGCGUUUUGAGCAAUGGAAGCACUUCGAGCACCGGAACUGUAAAGGCCAUGGCGAAUGGAUCGACUACGGCCAUUCCGAAUGAGCUUUUAGAAAGGUAAAUAAACCACUUUUGAGAACGUGAAAAAGUAUUUCCUUUUGCAGAUUGCGUGCCGAUCUGAUGGUCGAGGUUCGUCUAGAGAUCAACAAGGCAAAACAGGAGGUGAUCGAGGCGAACGAGCGCGCGACGAACACCGCCAAAAAGGAGAUAAUCGAGACGAUUCUCCGCGAACUCGGCCGUCGAUAG